GCCGGAAGCACUGGCUGGUGGCGGUUUGUGGUCGUUUGUCCCAAGGAUUUAGAGCCACCUUCUGAAGACCAGACGGGGAAUUGCAGCCAUGAAUGAAGAAAACAUAGAUGGAACAAAUGGAUGCAGUAAAGUUCGAACUGGUACUCAGAAUGAAGCUGCACUACUGGCUUUAAUGGAAAAGACUGGUUACAACAUGGUUCAAGAAAAUGGGCAAAGGAAAUUUGGGGGUCCUCCUCCAGGUUGGGAAGGUCCACCUCCACCUAGAGGCUGUGAAGUUUUUGUAGGAAAAAUACCUCGUGAUAUGUAUGAAGAUGAAUUAGUUCCUGUAUUUGAAAAAGCAGGGAAGAUAUAUGAAUUUCGACUUAUGAUGGAAUUUAGUGGUGAAAAUCGAGGUUAUGCUUUUGUGAUGUAUACUACAAAAGAAGAAGCCCAAUUAGCCAUCAGAAUUCUUAAUAAUUAUGAGAUUCGGCCAGGGAAGUUUAUUGGUGUGUGUGUAAGCUUGGAUAAUUGCAGGUUAUUUAUUGGCGCCAUUCCCAAAGAAAAGAAAAAAGAAGAAAUUUUGGAUGAAAUGAAGAAAGUUACAGAAGGAGUUGUAGAUGUUAUUGUUUAUCCAAGUGCAACUGAUAAGACCAAAAAUCGUGGUUUUGCAUUUGUGGAAUAUGAAUCUCACAGAGCUGCUGCUAUGGCUAGGAGAAAACUAAUUCCAGGAACAUUUCAACUGUGGGGCCAUACUAUUCAGGUAGAUUGGGCUGAUCCUGAGAAAGAAGUUGAUGAGGAAACCAUGCAGAGAGUUAAAGUUCUCUAUGUAAGAAAUUUAAUGAUCUCAACGACAGAGGAAACAAUUAAAGCAGAAUUCAAUAAAUUCAAGCCUGGAGCAGUUGAACGAGUAAAGAAACUUAGAGAUUAUGCUUUUGUUCACUUUUUCAACCGAGAAGAUGCAGUGGCUGCAAUGUCUGUUAUGAAUGGAAAAUGCAUCGAUGGAGCAGGCAUUGAGGUAACACUGGCAAAACCUGUAAAUAAAGAAAAUACCUGGCGACAGCAGCUUAAUGGUCAGAUUAGCCCCAAUUCUGAAAACCUGCUUGUAUAUGCUAACAAAGAAGAAAGUCAUUCCAAAACUCUAGGCAAGCCACCAGCUCUUCCCACUCGGCUCAAUGGUCAGCAUAGCCCAAGCCCCCCUGAAAUUGAAAGAUGCACUUAUCCCUUUUAUCCUGGGACAAAGCUUACUCCAAUUAGUAUGUAUUCUUUAAAAUCCAGUCAUUUUAAUUCUGCAGUAAUGCAUCUGGAUUAUUACUGCAACAAAAAUAAUUGGGCCCCACCAGAAUAUUAUUUAUAUUCAACUACCAGCCAGGAUGGAAAAGUGCUCUUGGUAUAUAAGAUAGUCAUUCCUGCCAUCGCAAAUGGAUCCCAGAGUUACUUCAUGCCAGACAAGCUCUGUACUACCCUGGAAGAUGCAAAGGAACUUGCAGCCCAAUUUACAUUGCUUCAUUUGGAUAGGGAACACAGUCUCUUCAGCCUGGACCUGUGUAGAAGAAUUUGGAGGAAAUAAGCAGACUACAAUUUCCGUCGCAGCUCAAUAAAUAGUCUUUCCCCUGUUAGUGCAGCCCUCUCUUCUGGGACUCCCAGCGUGCUUCCUUAUACUGCAAGGCCUUAUUUUUAUCCAAGCUAUCUCUUGUCACCAGCACUAUCACUUGCUAAUGGCAGCCAUGUUGGACAACGACUAUAUAUCUCCAGUCAGGCCUCAUUCUUCUGAAGAAAGUCUGUAUAUAUUAGUAUGAAAGUUUCUUUGUAUAAGGCAUGAAAAUUAAAAUAUUGUUUUAUUUUAGAUUUGAGAUUGCACAUUUGGCUUUACAAACAGUGUAU